ACAAAAUUCCUCUACGCAAUGCGAUCAUGUUCAGUUGAUUUCAUAACGCGUACGAGCACAGGAAGUGGAUGCAGAAAUCGAAACGAUAGCAUUACCAAAAGAAUACCACUGUUAAACACUUUGGAUUCGCUUCGCAAUGGAUCGGAAAACUGCAGUAGAGUUGUUCAAUACCCAAUCAAACGUGGCAAUUCCUGCCAGCGAAGAUCAUAGUGCUGUAAACUUGCUUCGAACAAGGAUAAAAGAGAACAAACCGGAAGCUUUUGCUAGAUUACGUGAAAUAUUUGACGAUCAAUUCAUUCACCAGUUUUUUCUGGCUAAUGCUCGAGAUGCUAACAAGACCUAUGAAUAUCUGGAAAGCUACAUAUACUACAGAAUCACUAGUUACCCUGGAGUGCUUGAAAAAUUUCCAAGUGUGCAACUGAAAAUGCUGGAAACCAACAAUGUUGCCCUGCUCAAGUAUCGAGAUGAUGAGGACGCCAUGGUCAUUUUAACAAGAGCCAAAUUUUGGAACCCAGCCGAGAAUCCGGUGGAUGACUUUAUUACACAGGGCACACUUCUCGUCGAGCUUGGUUUCCGGAUAGACGAAAAGCUUUCAGAGACCGGAGCUGUUAUCAUUCUCGAUUGUGCCGAAUUAUCAUUUUGGCAAGCCUCCUACCUCACACCCAUGGCUGUCAUUAAAGGCUUCAAUCUAAUUGUGAGCAGCUUACCCGUUUUUCCAAAGGCAAUUCAUGUAGUGAAUGGAGGAAUGCUGUGCAACAUGCUGUACAACGCGUUGUAUCCCGUUGCGAAACAGUGGAUCGGAGACAAGGUUCAUAUACAUUACGGAGAUUUGUCAACAUUGCAUGUAAAGGUGCCAAAGGCGAUAUUGCCAGUGUCCCUCGGUGGGGAGUUGGAGGAACAUGAUGCGUUUGAACAGGAUAUAUGUAAAAUGAUGCAAAGUCUUAUCGCCAGUGGUUAUGGGGGAUACGCGUCAGUUCAAAAGACAUUGUCUUCUUAAGGAUUUUCUGGAAUUUUACUACGGGAAUUUUAUGCUUAUUUUUACUUGAUGUGACUUUCUUUAAAGUAUAAAGUUAAGUAAAAUUUAAUUUACAAAAGGAAUGUUGAAUUAUUGACCAGAAUUUACUAAUCAUACAAUUAUU